AUGUUAAUCAAGGUGAAGACAUUGACUGGGAAGGAAAUCGAGCUCGAUAUUGAACCUAAUGAUAAGGUGGAAAGAAUCAAGGAAAAGGUAGAAGAGAAGGAGGGCAUACCUCCACCACAGCAGCGAUUGAUUUUCGCCGGAAAGCAAAUGAAUGAUGAAAAAACAGCACAAGAUUACAAGGUUGCUGGUGGAUCAGUCCUUCACUUGGUACUUGCACUACGUGGUGGUGCUUAA